CAACGCGCCAACAAAACGAACCUCGACGCCGCGCGCUCCGUGCGUGUGGAAUCUGGUGCUAGCCGCACUGGCAACCGUUCCGCGAUCCGGGCGUCCUUUCGAACGCCGCCUUGUUCUCUGCUCACCGCGGCCAGUUUGAGUGGUCCAAAGAGCUGGGGGGCAACAUGCUCGCCAACUCUAACCACCGAUAAUCCUUUUGACGCACGGGGGGCAGGGCUUCCAUCAUCUGGCCGGCUCUGGCUACUUCUACGAAAGAGAAAGAAAUUUGAAGAAGGAACCAUGAAUUCACCCUCCAAGAAUGGCUCACCCCUCUGCGAUGGAGAAUUAGAGCUGUCGCCGAUUGAUGGUCUGACAAGAAAUCUUACGGACAUGGCAUGGAGCCCUGCAACAUCAACACAAACACCACUGUCAUCACGUCUGGCUGGCGAGGGUGCCAGCUUUGCCCUACCGUUGCCAAAAUUUCCAGCUGCGCGUAUUAUGAAAGAAGAGGAGCCCUCACCAUCCCUACAAUGUUGUGUUCUCAAGGAUGUGUCCAACCGAACGGACCUCGGCAGGCGACCGUGCGGCUGGAGGCGCCGAUUGCUGGUCGUGACCAAAAUAAGCAGCACCGUUCGCAUGUGUGUGGUGGCCAAAGCUUCAAGGAAUGUCGAAGAAUUGUUGCAAGGUGGGGUGCUCAAAUACCGGCAAAAACGUGCCGGCGAAACUGUUCGAAUCAUUCUCCGCAAAGCCUCAUCAGCGGGAGCAACGGGGCAGCGUGAAAGUGAUGAAGGAAUACAUUCAUCUGGUAGCCAAACCAGCAGCUGUGGCUCACAGGAAAAUGCAGCCAGCAAUGGUUCAGACUCAAGCAAGAAGUCAUCUGCUGAGAGUGCAUUCUGGGAUGGCCACCGAGGACUGGAAGGAGCAAGUGUUCUGGAUUCUACUUCCACUACUGGCAGUGACGAUGGUUUUGUGUCGAGCCUUGAGGACUCGUUUCAGGAACACGAGUCCCAGCUGCCUCACUCUUACGACAAGCUUUUCAAUUCGCCCCUCUUCCAUACUUCUAUGCCAACUUCUCAUGCCAGUGAUAAAGAAAAUGUUCCAAAUGCCGACAGCAACUUGACUGGCCGUGUUCCUCAGUUGGCUUUCUCUUCUGCACAGGAGGCAGCUGCUGCCACGCCUGGCACAUUUGGCUUGCCGGAGCAUCCCGCCAAUGCAUUGCUCAGCGUAUGUCUCCAAACCAGUGCUUUCAAACGCCCGGUGUCACCAGGGGACCAGUUAUCCCCCCCAUCGCAGAAGCGCAGCAAGGGCAGUCUUUUGCAGAGAGUCACCAGCUACACUGAGCCCAGCUGUUCCUUAAAGGUGAUCAACUUCACCAGGUCCCUCUCCGACACUGACGCCUCUAUCAAGAGUGCAUUACAGAAAUCUGCCGACUUUCCUGAUCUCAUUGGAGAUUUUACAAAGCCUUAUGCCUUGCCUUUGGUGAAGGGAAAGCAUCAUGAUCUCAAGAUGAUACUGCCAUCCACUCUUGCUGAUCUCUUGCAAGGAAAGUAUGUCUCUGUUGUGGAUGAGGUCACAGUAAUUGACUGCCGGUACCCUUUUGAGUACAAAGGAGGGCACAUAAAGGGUGCCAUAAAUGUGUACCGCUCAGAGCACCUGAUGUCAGAGUUCCUGGAGAAAGCCACAUCAACUUCUGAUUCACGUCGAGUAUUGGUCUUUCACUGUGAAUUUUCCUCAGAACGUGGCCCAAAGCUCUCACGCUUACUGCGUGAAAGGGACAGGCAAAUCCACUUUAACCAGUAUCCUGCCUUGAAGCAUCCUGAAAUAUAUGUUCUUGAAGGUGGCUACAAGGCAUUCUAUGAGGAAUUCCAGGACUUGUGCACACCACAAGGCUAUGUUCCAAUGCGCCACAAAGACCAUGAGGCUGACCUGCGACUGUAUCGUGGUAUGGCUAAAACAGAAGGCUCAUCUGGCAAGUCUCGCAGUGGCCUGCAGAUUCGCUCCCUAAAGAACUUCUAGGCACUCAGGCCAUUACUUGUACUCUUGGUUGGAUGCAGUCAUGCUUUACUCUGCCAGAGGACACCUGCAGCCAAAAGCCAGCCUCUUGAGGCCUAAGCACAGUUGCGAAGCUGUGCUUCAUGUGUAUGACAAUUAAGGAUCAUAAUUUGGACUGCCAUCUCCUCUGCCUUUGGUGAUACCGUGUUCUAUUACUAUGGGCAUUUUUAUUUAGCGGUUUCUGGAAGCAUGCUUGUUUUGGCUGUCACUUGUUUUAGUUUAUCAUGCCCCUGUCAUUUGAUGUCAUAGAAGUUACUCUUGCAUAUGGGCAGAGUCACUUGCUAGGAUAGGUCAAAGCGGUACAGAAAUGUUUUAGCAUUGUCUACAUUCACAAAAAAGGCAUUGUGCAUUUUGCUUUUAUGGUUUGCUGCUCAGGGGUUACGCAUGUAUUUAUUGCUUCACAAAUAUUAUCUCGAACUGUAAGCUCAUUUGGUGGGUUGUUCUUAAGGCUUAGGAUACUUUGCUUGAUUUUACUGGCUUCAAUGCAUGACACUGGCAAUUGCUUUAAGUCCUUAAGUCAGCCAUCACUCUUAUUGCCAUCGAUAUUAUGACGUUGGAAAAUAAGGUGGGUUUUCAGAAAAUUCACGGUGAAUAGAUUGAAAGCGCAUGUACGUAUGCACAAAUUAUUUUGUGUAUUAAUAAAAAGCUACACUGAC